GGAGUUGAUGGCGUCAUUCCGCGUCCUGCCGGAGCUUCCCGAGCGCGCUGAAGAAACGGAGUAGCAGCCAAGGCCGACGCGAGCGUGCCCCUGGCGGCCGGGAUCGAUCGACGCCAAGCCGGACACCUGAGCUAGGAAAACAUGGAGGCUGUAGCGGAGGAGCUGCAGGCCGGCUCCCGGAUCCCGGUAACCGUCGAUCAGAUCUUGAACGACACGUUGGUGGUGACGCUCACGUACCGAGAGAGAAACUACACGGGCAUCUUACUGGACUGCGACAGAAAGACUGGGCUGUUUUGCCUCCCAGAUGUUGUUGGAAAGUCAGACGAGAGCCUUGUAUUGCGACCAGACUGUGAAGUCUCAAGUGAAGAGCCUUCUUUGAAACCCCCUAGUCAACCUACACCACGACCAAAAGAUGAGAACACUGAGCCGGAGACGGCACCUCCUGCCCCUGUACCCAUCCCAGUGCAACCGGGUCAGCCAACAUACCCUCCGUACUUCGAGGGCGCCCCUUUUCCUCAUCCCAUGUGGGUUCGCCACACCUACAAUCAAUGGGUUCCUCAACCGCCACCUCGUCCAAUCAAGAGAAAGAAGAGGCGAGGUCGGGAACCAGGUCGGAUGACCAUGAGCACGAUCAGACUGCGACCUCGGCAGGUGUUGUGCGAGAAAUGUAAGAACACGAUCAACAGCGACGAGGACAGCAAAGAUGGGCCGACAGCGCCCAAGACCUCCCGGAAGGAGAAUGCUCCUGAAGCAGACGAGGACACUAAAGCUGUCCCCGGAAAGAAUCAGAGAAAAGACGACGGGGACAACACUAAAGAGGCCAAAAGGAGAGAGGACUCGACAGUCUACGACAGCAAACGGUUUAGAAAGGACAAGAAGGAAGAUGAGAAGUAUCCUGGAGUACCCACCAUUCCUCACAGUCCUGUCAUUAAGAUCUCCUACAGCACUCCGCAAGGUAAAGGUGAAGUGAUAAAGAUCCCAGCAAGAGUUCACGGUUCUGUCAAACCCUUCUGCCCGAAGCAGUUAUUGCAGAAUGGACACAGAGAACGAGACUCUUCCAGGGAAGCCCCAAAAGAGAUGAAGCCCUCCAUGGACUCCAUCAGAACUGGUCUUACCAUUUCCAUUCCCAAACUCAAGCUCCCAAAGCUAAGUGGUCCGGAUGCCCCAUCGCCAAAGAUACGUGUAAGAUCGAGGGAUGACGGAGCGGAGCAAGUGUCUUUGUAUGAGGCAGAACUAGUGGGUGGUACACGUCGAAAACUUCCCAGAGCUCCCAAAUCUCAGGGUGAGGAUGGUGCUGAGAACCCUCUAGAACUUUGGUCAGGAAACUGUGGAGAGGAAGUCGAACGUCACGGCGACCUGACUUUACUCAUUAACUUCCGCAAGAGAAAGGCGGACUCGUCAAGCCUCUCCGUGUGCAGCAGUGACAGUCUGGAUGAGUCAAAGUCCUUCAGUUCAGACGGCACGUCGCCGGAACUGUCCGAUCUUGCCCCGGGCGACGAGCUCUCCGUGUCGUCCUCCUCUCAAGGGGAGAGUAAGACUGUUCCACCUCUAACUGUUCGACUGCACACUCGCAGCAUGACUAAAUGUGUGACCGAGGACGGUCACGCGGUGACGGUUGGUGAUGUCGUUUGGGGUAAGAUUCACGGUUUCCCUUGGUGGCCCGCACGGAUACUCAGUAUAAGCGGUACUCGUAGAGAAGACGGAAAGGGUGAUGCACCUUGGCCUGAAGCGAAAGUGUCCUGGUUCGGCUCGCCCACCACCUCCGAACUCUCGGUUGCCAAACUGUCACCUUUCCUUGAGUUCUUCCGGUCACGUUUCAACCGCAAAAAGAAAGGGAUGUACCGACGUGCCAUUAUGGAGGCGGCCAAGGCCGUGGGACACAUGAGUGCAGAAAUCACAUCUCUACUUGCUCACUGUGAAACUUAGAGGAAGAAGAGGGAAGGUGACUGAUAUUCACGGAUCAAUGCUCCCAGGGUGUGGCACGCUCCCCGGAUGGAGAAUGCCUUCAUUUGCCACGGAAAUCAUGAGGGAAGGUCCGUUUUCCCCACACAUCUGUUGGAAGAAACCUGAUAACGUGUGGACUACGUUUGAGGGGCCACGACAAACACGCUGGAAUAUCUAAAGACGACUCGGAGUGAAUAGUUCCCUCUCUCUCUCUCUUUGUUUGUCCCCAUAUUUUGUUUGUUUUUUUAGGACGUAUAUUAUAUUAGAAAAAGUAGCUUGACACUAAAUCCGAAUGUAUUUAUUCACAAAACCAUAGACAGGUGACUGGCCUCCAAACACCCCUGUAAGAUCACACUGCUGCUGUUUCUUUCGACCGACCAUUUCUUCGCCUGCCCGUUUAUGGGUGGCGCCCGCCCCAUCACAGCGCCAUCCUCCUAGGAUGCCCAAACGGAACGGAACGAACUGACGAUUAUCCGUGUUACAAUACUAAAUGAAAAGUCUUACUGUGUGUCUAUUUCUUCAAAUGAUGGAAAUGUGAAAUUUGUUUUGUAUCGUCUGCAUCUAGAGAUGACCGUGUGAGUCCAACCGGUGUGCAGAAUAUAUCUCCUGUCCUCAUGUUUUCCUUUGUCAUUGACUAUAUGAUGUUUCAUUGGAUAUGGUCGUUUAGAGGCCAGCGACGUUUCAGUUGUAUUUGCUUUAAUUAUUUAAUGUCACGUUGAGAAAUGCACUUUAUCCAUAUACCUUGGUGGCCUGCUGUGAACUCACGAGCGAACAAACACUAGAGUUCGCAGACUCCCGGAGGAGCCGACCCAUCGCUUCAGAAGUGGUUUUUCAUUUUUAAGGAACAGAUUUUGAUUAAAGGACGCUUUCAGGAAGUUGUGCACACUGUAUUCUUGCGUUUAGCCUGGUUUAUGUUAGUCACCAUUACUUUACUCUUUAUGAAAUGUUUCCACUGGAGAUAUAAACAGAACUGUACGCUUCUAUGCACCAUCUGUUUUAUUAAAGGAUCAAAACUCCAGCUGAUGGAACCAAUUCAUGCACUCAAUUCUUUGCUAUAUGGGGUUUGAUAUCAGUGUCUGCUUUAAUGCAGAACAGUUCUUCCACCUUCAGGAUGUGAGCAUUGCAAGAGGUUUUGCUCAGGACUGGGGGAAGGGCUCUCAACGCAGCUUGAGGUGUAUUUUAAGCUGCACAUCAAUCACAGGUUUUCUGUGCCAGCUGGUGUAUGAUUAUGGACUCUGCAGUCAUUUAUAUGUGCAGACAGCCACUGCUCAACAAGGUGAAUUUUUUUAUGUAAAUAGAAUAAAAUCUGAA